GUGUAUCCCUCGCAGAGAGGGCUGCAGCAAAAGCUGCUUCUCGCCAAGGCCUCACAGAAGGCACAUGCCCAUGAUGUGGAGAAAUUUGAUCCACCAGGUCGCAGUUGGUUGCGGCAGCACUUCCAUCUGAGACAGGAGUUUUAGAAGGAUAGCGCUAGGACCUGGUACUGGAGUACCUCGAGUAUGAAGGUCACCUCACCGCUGGGUGCCGCCAAGUGCUCUCUGCAGCUGCAAUGUGUGAUCCCCACUUCAAGACCUUGACUUGGGAUCCUUCUUGCGCUACCCUGGACAGCAAAAAGAAGCGGAAUAUGGAAUUCCUCACUGAAUGCUACACCUUGUACCGCCAAGUCUUUGACCAGCCUGAUAGAAAGGUCUUUCCAGAGAUACCUGUGCCAACCAAGAGACAGAAGAAAGACAUCGCUGACAGCAAGAACCUUUUCAACCGCUUCCAAGUUCAGACUUCUUCAGGCUUUGCCUCUGACUCUAACCUGAUUGCUGUGCCCACCGUAAGCGAUGUGGGGGUGGAAAAGGCAUGGGCAAGCUUCAAAGUCGAAUUGAAGACGAAAGUCUAUUCCUAUUGGUUUGUGUGGAGCCCACCUAUCAUGAUGCGCUCCGUUGGUGGCAGGAGACGGGCCGAGUCCAGUUUCCCUUGGUGCUUCCAUGUGCCAGAUACUUUUUGAGUGUCUUCGCAGCACAAGCUUCAGCGGAACGCAUCUUCAGUGCGUCCAGAGACACAAACUUGCAGCCGGCAAUCUGGAAGGUGACAUGCUGGGCAGACUGGUGGCAGCGCAUGUGAAUCUGCCAAGUGUGCAUGACUAUCGAGCAAAGCGAGCUGCUCUCCAUCCUCGCACCCCAAAGUCCGAGC